AUGUUGACUUUGUGCCACAAUUAUUUUCGAGUUACUAACAACAAUAAGAAUGGCAAAGAUGUGCCCCAACGCUUUAACAAAAGGAAGUUUGCGUUCGGCGUUUUCAUUCUGUUGUUGGUCGUUAUUCUGUGGGUGGUAUCCUCUGAGAUGACAAAAUAUUUGUACAUAGAGAAGCAUAUAGAGAGACCAUUUCUUGUGACCUAUGUGAGAAGUUCACUGCUGUUUAUUUAUUUGUUAGUAUUAUGUUUUACACCUCCUACAAGAGAUCCUUGUCAACCUGCUGACUAUACACAAUUAUUAGAACAAACAGGAGAAACAGAUGAUGAAAGUUAUUUUAAUGAAGCCACAAAUAGUUUGGUUCAGACUCAGGGAGAUUCUACUUUUGUGCCGGUCCGGGCUGGGGAAACCACAGACAGUGAUGAUGCCGCACCAAGAGCUGUACGAUUUAAUAAAGUGGCAGAGGUUCGUGUAAUGUCGGCGGCUAUGGCAAGCGAGGCUUUGUUGGCGCGACUGUCGUGGGCCGCGUCGGUACGCGCCACCGAGCACGCUCAGCGCCGCGCCGCCGCCGCCGCCACGCGCCGACAUCUCCGACUCGCGCUACUCUUCUGUGUACCUUGGUUCAUAUCAAACUAUUUGUACCGACUAAGCCUGUUGCACACGUCGACGGGCUCAGCGACAAUAUACACCUCGACUGCGGGAGCGCUGGCGCUCUCCUUCGGUGCCAUAUUCGCGCAAGUACCCAACGAUCGGUUCACUCUCUCCAAGUGCAUCGCUGUCCUACUCACUGCAGCUGGACUGGUGGUAUUGGGCAUAUCAGAAAGUCAUCAAACAAAUUGGAUAGCGGUGUUGGCAGCUCUGGGUUCAGCGUUAUGUUACGCUGUACAUUUACUUUUAUUUAGACAAGCUUUAAGAAACGGCGACGAUAUCAACUCGUCGUUACUCGUUGGCCUGGUAGGGUGUGCCUGCGGCUGCCUGACGUGGGUGGUGGGCGGCGUGCUGGCGGUGUCGGGCGUGGAGCGCGCCGAGCUGCCCGCGCCGCGCCAGUGGACCUGGCUCUUGCUGGACGCGGCGCUCGGGCCCUUGCUCAUUGACUCACUCUGGCUCUGGGGACGAUCGUUAACAUCGCCACAAGCGGCAACAAGCAUCUUAGGCCUAGCGGUGCCUCUAUCGUUGUGCGUGGAGGCGUGGCGCGGCGGCGGGCCGGGCGGCGGGGGCGCGUGGCGCGGGCUGGCCGCCGCGCUCGCCGGCGCGGGCUGGGCCGCCGCCGCCACGCAGCUCCCACGGGACUUCGCCCUCUUCACCUGCCUCACCGACCGACUACGGGCAGCUGAAGGCUUCACGGUGAUAAGAAACAUUCCGGACUUGGACGAGCAGUCAGAAGCGUUGAUGUCCUCGGACGAGCCCACGUAG